GGCGGCGCCAUCUUAGGGGCGACGGGAGCCGCCCGGGACCAAACGUCCUUCCGCCCGGCGCCCCGCGGCAGCCAUGGGGUCGCGGGAGCCGUGCCGCCGGCUGGAGGCGGUGCUCAGCGCCAUCUACGACCUGGGUGAGGAGCCCAGCGCUCGGAGCGCCGCGGCGGACACCGAGGCCGGCGCGGCGGCGGAGCGGAUCCCGGGCCCGGAGCCGGCGGCGGGCGGGCGGCGCGGAGCCCGCGACUUUUUCGGGGAGCUGCGAGCCGAGCUGGGCGCCGCCGCCGCCGUCCCGCCGCCCUCCGCCGCGCCGCCCGCCGUGGAGGUCGUGGUGUUCCGCGGGAGGAAGAGGAAGGGGCGGCCCAGCCCCGCGGCAGCACCCAGCGGCGGUGCCCAGACCAAAAUAGUGGAUGAAGAGAAAAAUGCGAACGAACAAGAAUUCAACUUUGAAAAAGCUCGUCUGGAAGUGCACAAGUUUGGAAUCACUGGCUACAAGAAGCAGGAACAACGUGUAUGGGAACAGGAGCGUGCUAUCAUGCUGGGAGCCAAGCCCCCCAGAAAGGAACAUGUGAACUACAGGACUUACCAAGAGAAAAUGAAAGAGAAAAAAACAGCAAAGGAUGAUGAGAAGAAAAAGGAGCAUAAAGGUGAUUCUCUUAAGAAGAAGAAGAAGGAACAGAAGGAGAGGAAGGCCAAAAAGAAGAAGUCGGUGCCUAGCAUCUGGCCUGCAGGACAAGUUGGAAAAUUCAGAGAUGGGACCUUGAUUCUGCAAAGCCAUGACAUAAAGAAAAUUAAAUCAUCUAAAGUUAUCAAAUGAACUUACGAUACAGAGUGAAAUGGACAAUACACAUAAGACAGAAUUCGUGUUGUUACCAACACAGACUUAUGGAGCCUCUUGUCUUCCCAAGAUAUCCUGAUUUUUUUUUACCUUCUCUGUUGCAGGAUUUCCUGUAUUCCAUUCUGCCUUGGGGAGAAUAUGAGAAUUUACCAUUUUAUAAAUAAAAAUAACACUUUUUAUUAAGAAUGUUA